AUGAAACAUUUUUCAUCAAGUCUCGAAGAAAAUGAAGAUUAUUCCGAUGUUGAAUCAAUCAAAUCGAAAGCUAGUCCACCUAAUAUAACUUGGCAACAUACAUGGUCAUUUAAUGAAACAAAAAAUGCACUGACACAAUCUGUAUUUGCUAGAAUUCCAAGCGAAAUCAUGUUACGCAUAUUCAAAUUAUUCUCUGUACCUGAUUUAUGUAACGUAUCAUUGGUUUGUCGACGAUUUAAAAUGAUUGCUGAUCAAGAUGAAAUUUGGAAAUUGAAAUGCAAUUCAUCGAAAAAAAUAUAUUCAAAAUCAUUCAAACAAAUUUAUCUCGAUUGGAUUUAUAUGAAAUGUUUACGCAAUGCAAAACUACGGGCGAUGAGUGACUGGUUCCAUUCUGCAUGUGACAUGAUUCUACUACCUUCAUAUUCAUGUCAUAUUCGACCGACUGAUAAUCAACAGUUUGAAGCUAUUGGUGGAUUUCACCAACAUCCGAAUUCAUCAUCAUCUAUGGCUAUCGAAUUAUCAGUUGACAUUGAAAAAACAGCUCCAGAACUUAUUCAAUUGCUAGAGAAAGCGUCGCAAUUUCAACAACAAUGGCAACAACCAUCGAUUGUAAAACAUAUGAUAACAAGAUAUUAUAGAUUUAUGCAACUGAAAGCAUCUCACCCAUCAAAUAUUUUACUUGUUCCAACUUUUGAUAUUGAAAUUGUUUGGCAAACAAACCUUUUACGGCCAGCAAUGUAUCAAGCCGAUUGUCUUCGUUUAUUUCGUCGAGUUAUUGAUCAUUCAUUAUUAAUCUCUGAUAUUGAAAAGUUUUUGAAAGAUCAAGCAUUUCGAGAUACAUGUCAACUAUACGAACAACAAUUUGGUGAUUUAAUUACGGAUGGAAAAUGGCUUGAUUUAUGUAAACAAUUUAUGUCAAGAGCAUUAAAAACAGCUCAUCUUGACGGCUAUCAUCAUAUUUGGUCAAGCGGAAUUGAUCUGCAACCUGGAGCAAUCAAUCGACUAAAAAAAUCAUAUGAACGAUUUUUGUAUAUAGCAGCUAAAUAUCCUUUAAAAGAUGGUCACGAAUUCAUACGUCCAACAUAUGCGAUCGACAUCAUGUGGCAUUCUCAUAUGCAAGAACCAUUAAACUAUGUCGCCGAUUGUGUUCGAAUUGUUGGCUAUGUCAUCUAUCAUUCUCCGUGGCCAAUAAAUAAAGAUGAUACAAAGAAUAAAACAUGUAUUCAAGCGAAUAAACUUUGGAAAGAUGAAUUUAAAGUUGAUUUAAUGAUAGAUCAUCUAUUUAAUACAAUUGAUGACAAACUCGACUAA